GUUUGGCUUCGCCAAUAGUGUCGGCUUCAAGCUCAUUUGCAACUAAUGGAAUAAUAAUAUUAAACAACCCACACCCCCAGUUCUGAAACAAAAAACACACACACAGCACCGAAAAUGUAACGCUGUCGAAUUCACCGAGACGUGAGCAAUGCAGACGGUAGUCUCCUGGUAUCCUGGGCACCUGACUUACGAUGCUAAGGAUCGGACGUGGGUAGAUUUGUAGCCGAAUAUCUUUCUUCAGUUGGGAUUUAAAAAUUAAAACAAGAGGAGCCGGACCAUAAACAACAUCGACCUUCCCCUUCUCCCCCAGAAAAAUGGCGGUGGGGAGAUACUGCCUCUUCUUUCAUCUGCUCCUCAGCCUCGCCUCUUGCUGCUGUGGGGGGUCAGUGGUUAACCAGGAGUACCGGACUUUUAAAACGGACAACCCAGACUGGGUGUUCAAUCACCUGGUAGUGGACCAAAGGACCGGCAGUGUGUACCUGGGAGCGGUCAAUAGGAUCUACAAACUGUCGAGUGACUUGCAGCCCCUGAUCACCCACCAGACAGGGCCGGAUGAGGACAAUCCAAACUGUUACCCUCCCCGCAUCGUGCAGCCGUGUAACGAGCCGCUGCGGCUCACCGACAACGUCAACAAGAUGCUGCUGAUCGACCAGGGGGAGCGGCGCCUGAUUGCGUGCGGAAGCCUGUACCAGGGCAUCUGCAAGCUGCUGCGGCUGGAGGAUCUCUUCAAACUGGGGGAGCCUUUCCACAAGAAGGAGCACUACCUGUCUGGGGUCAACGACAGUGGCUCCGUCUUCGGGGUCAUCGUCUCAGACCAGGGCUCGGACGCUAAACUCUUCGUGGCCACGGCGGUAGAUGGUAAACCGGAAUAUUUCCCCACCAUCUCAAGCCGCCUGCUCGCCAGCAACGCCGAGGCGGAUGAGAUGUUCUCUUUCGUCUUCCACGACGAGUUUGUGGCUUCCCUCAUCAAGAUCCCAUCCGACACCUUCACGGUGAUCCCUGACUUUGAUAUUUACUACAUCUACGGGUUCAGCAGCGGCGCCUUUGUCUAUUUCCUGACCCUACAGCCCGAGCUGAUCAACACAGGGCCAGGCUCCAGCCGCCAGCAGGUCUACACUUCCAAGCUGGUACGCCUCUGCCAGGCCGACACCACCUUCAACUCCUAUGUGGAGAUGCCCAUCGGCUGUGUCCGGGAUGGUGUGGAAUACCGGUUGCUGCAAGCCGCUCACCUGACCAAGGCUGGCCCCGUUCUGGCCAGGUCCCUGGGCAUUCAGGCCGAUCAGGACGACGUGCUGUUCGCUGUCUUCUCCAAGGGCCAGAAGAGGCGCAGUAAAGCCCCCGAUGAAUCCGUCCUCUGCAUGUUUGUGCUGAGCUCCAUCAACGAGCGCAUCAAGGACCGCCUGCAGUCCUGCUACAGAGGGGAGGGCUUCCUAGAUCUGGCCUGGCUCAAAGUGAAGGACAUCCCAUGUGUGCCCGCGCCUGUUCCCAUUGAUGACAGCUUCUGCGGACUGGACAUUAACGCUCCAUUAGGUGGCUCCACUCUCAUGCAGGGCAUCCCCCUGUUCUCUGAGGACCGAGACCGAAUGAGCUCAGUGAUUUCAUACGUUUAUAAUGACCACUCACUGGUGUUUGUGGGGACUAAGAGUGGCAAGCUGAAAAAGGGUCACCUGAGGAUAGGGCCCCAAUCGUACACAGGAGGGGAGAAACUGAGGAUCCGUACCCCUUUUGUUUUGCAUGGUGCUGGGAAGAGAACUGAUCUAAUGAAAUACAAAAUAGAGUAGCUGGGGCUCGAUAUCACUGA